AUGGCAUUGCAAUACACGAUCCACCCAGCCAACCCGCCACACGACCCAGCGAUAAGUAUCACGCUGUCGCCGGCGCCCUCGCCCUCCGACUCGCAGGCCCCCUUCCCGCACGCAAUCUGCUGCCCAGACAAGCAAGUGAACUGGGCCUUCUUCGAGCGCCUCCUAGCAGAACUCAUCGCCAACCGCCGCGCCCGUAACGAAAACCCCAACCUCACCCCCAACCCAGACAUCAACACGCCUUCGCCGCCGCCGCUGCCACCAGCCUUCGCAACCGUACAAUGCGGCAACUGGUGCCGACUCUACAGGGAGUAUUACCAGCCCGCGAACCAGCCUCCCGACGAUAAUAACGAGUCUCACCCUAAACUCAUCCGCCUAUUCGCACCCGAACCCGAAACCCGUCCUCCCAAACAACCAAAACCGGGCCCCAGACCCGCCCCCCGACCCCGGCCAUACCCUCCCCGACCUACCCCGGUCCCAGAACCCCAGCCAGGCACCAACCAGCGCCAGCAGGAGCAGCAGGUUGAACAAGUCGCUCCCCGCGCAACGCUGGACCUCACGCGCGACGCCCCGCUCAUCCUUGAAUGGGCGAAGUUCGCCGAGUUUGCGAAUAGGGGGUCGGGUGAGGGCAUGCCGGCGGAGGCUGUGGAUCUUUGGGCUAGGGGGUGUUAUCGGUCUGGGGAGGUUGUGGUUGAGCUUUCGGAUAUGGAAGAGGAGGAGGAGGAGAAGUCCGGGGGUGGGGGAAGCUAA